UCACUUCAACACCCACAUCUUGGAUAUCGACAAGUAGCUCUGACUUUGCAGGUCAAAUAUCAAGGUUUUCUUCAUUCGAUUAUGACCUUUUAACAUUUGAUGUGGUCCCAUUUCUAAGAAUCUUUUACUUUCCGUUAGACAAAAUGAAUACCGAACCUAAUCUCCCUAUUCCAAUCUCCUAUAUUGCGGGUAGUUACUUUAUCUUCUCCAUCGAUGCAGUCACGUAUUUACGACGGGAGCAUCACAUCUGUGGUGUCUUAAGCGGCACUCUGCCGCAAAUCCCCCAGCAGAAUGUCUUCCUUGGGUUGCCGCUGGAGCUGAUGGCGGAAGAGGCCCGUCUUCUGGUGGAGAAAGGUGUAGCAUGCAUCGUAGAUGAGGUAAACGUCCAAACCGAUGGGAUGAAGGCCCUCAUGGAGGCAGACCGGCAGAGAUAUCUCCAGGAGCUGCAGACCCAGGGCACCCAGGUCAUGCAGAUGCAGGCUAGCCGGAAAGAACAGCAGAGGGAAGAGGCGCUCAAGAAGAUAGAAGAGAAGAAAGCUGCAAAUGCUGCGAAGAAGAAGGCCUCCCAGCCACCACCACCACCGGAGACACCUGCAACGGACAGUACCACCAAGGAUGAUGAGGCGGUCGUCGGCCUCUUUGCAGGCGACCAGAAACAGCAACAGCAGCAAGGUUCUGAUCAAUCCUCUUCACGGCGUCCCUCAACCGCCACUGCCUCGCAUGCCAUGGGAAUAACACCCGCUACAUCGCACUCGCUCCUUCCCCUCGAACCAUCGGCACAGCACAAGCUGCCUCUUCCCGACGUGCCUUCCUCCUAUCCUCUAUUCGCUCAUCUCCACUCAGAAGGCUAUUUCCUUUCCCCAGGCCUCCGGUUCGGAUGCCAGUACCUCGCGUACCCGGGUGACCCGCUGCGCUUCCACUCUCACUUCUUGGUUGUGUCGACGGGGUGGCAUGAAGAGUUAGAUCUGAUGGAGAUCAUCGCCGGCGGCCGACUUGGUACGGGCGUGAAAAAGGGCUUCCUUAUUGGAGGAGCGGACGAGACUGCCUCGGACCAUGAGUCGCGAGAAGCAGACGAUGUUAGAACGUUCAGCAUCGAAUGGGCCGGAAUGUGAGGUGGACUUUUCGAUCCUGGCAUAUCUUGUGCCAACCGUCUCUAUGCUGCGCUGCGAUGGCAGGACAUCGCCAUGGUUCAUAGGAACUGGUGGUGACGACUCGAACUUCCGUCUCGUCGGUGCUCCGCCCAACUCCGGAUUGUACUCUAGGUGGAUUUUACUGGAGUCCAUACUU